AUGCAGUCCAUGCAAUUGUUGUUCCGGCAAUCGCUUCGGUCCAGCAUACAAAUCACACGAACCACCUCCAGACCGGUGCGAGCUCCAUUCCGCCCGACAACUGCGAGUGCCUCUCCCGUUCGGCCGUCGCGGACCUUCUCAGUCUGCCUACAAUGCCAAUUCCGCCGGCAACCCUACACAUACCUGCCCGAUGAUAAAGACAAGGCUAGCAACGAUGCAGAAAGACUGAUCAAGGCUGUUCGGGAGGCACCAGAAGCGAUCGUCAUCCCGGAGGUGGAUGCGGGGGCUGCUCGGGCUGGAGAUACUACGGAGAAGGAUGGGGUGAGCCGGGGGCCGCAACUGGAUGCAAGCGAGAAGGCACCGCUGGACCAGGAAGAGCAGGCACGGAGAGAGGAGCAGAACGCCAAUGCCGAGGGCGCACGGCGCGGAGGCCUACCGUCGUACCUGGAAAGCCGACGGUCUCAAAUGUCGAAGCAAUUCAGCACGAUGAUGGACAAUUUGCAGUCCAACGUUUUUGUGGCUGGCCAACGUUUAAACGAUCUUACGGGGUACUCUGGGAUCGAGGCUCUGAAGAAAGACAUUCACAUCCAAGAGGACCGACUCCGCAUAGCUCGCGCACACGUACGCCAAGCCAAGGAAGAUUACACAUCCGCGAUCAACCGUCGCUCGACGUCACAGCGCGAAGUAAACGAGCUCCUGCAGCGCAAGCACGCCUGGUCUCCAGCCGACCUGGAGCGGUUUACGCUACUCUACCGUAACGACCAUACCAAUGAGGUCGCCGAGGUAGAGACUCAGGAGGCAUUGUCCCGGGCUGAACGUGAGGCUGAGGAAGCGGCUGCGUCGCUGAGCAAGAGCAUUCUCUCGCGCUACCAUGAAGAGCAGGUGUGGUCGGACAAGAUCCGCCGCAUGUCGACUUGGGGUACCUGGGGCCUGAUGGGCGUGAACGUCCUCCUCUUCCUGGUCUUCCAGAUUGCUGUUGAGCCCUGGCGCCGGCGCCGGCUGGUCAAGGGAUUCGAGGAUAAGGUCGUUGAGGCUUUGGAGAAGGAGAAGACUUUGAACCAAGUUGCUCUCCAGGGCAAUGUUCCUGCAGCCGUCUUGGCCCCGAUUCUUCCCGAGGUCAUUGAUUCGACGCUUGAGACUUCUUCCACUGAAUCUGCUGGUGGUGUUGGUGUCCCUGCUACAGUCCCUGCUGUAGUCCCUGUUGCAGAGGAGAGUGUUACUUCACCUUCAGCCACCACUAGCGCCAGUGUCUCCCCAUCUCUCUAUUCCCGCCUAUCUGACAUCUCCACUUCACCACUGUCUCUCGAAUACUGGCGGCAGGUCUCCGAGGAGCUCCUCAGCCUGCGCAGUGUUACUAUUUCUCAACACGAUCUCACUGUGGUUGCCGUUCAGAGCGCUGCAGCCGGCGCGGCCAUUAUGGGUCUCUUGAUUGCUUUGGUAAAGCCUCGGUAA